AUGGAUUUAUUCUUUCGAAUUACUGAGGGAGAGCAAACCACGUUGAUCGGUACCCGUGACAAGAGUGAUACAAGUAUUGGUCUGGCCGUCCGGGAUGAGCGGUUUUGGUUGCGCGUAUUGACGUCUGGAGGUCUCGGCUUCAGCGAGGCCUACAUGAUGGGCGAGAUUGAGGUCGACGACCUCACCGCAAUCCUUGAACUCUUUAUCGACAACCUAUCCGGAGUCACUGCGGUGUCGUCCAUCUUCUCACGCAUGACAGCGCUGGCGACGAGUGUAUCUAAUGCAUACAUCGGCCAGUCCCGCCUCAAUGCCCGGAUGAACGCUAUCGCGUCCUACGACCAAUCAAACACGCUCUUUCAGGCGUUCCUAAGCAAGGAAAUGAUGUACUCCUGCGCGCUCUGGAGCGAGGAGGAAAGUGGCGUCGCCGGCGACUUAGUCGCUGGCCCAACGGCCGCCGACCUCGAGUGUGCUCAGCGCCGGAAGCUGCAUCAUAUCCUACGCCAGGCACGAGUGCAGCCCGGACAUCGCAUUCUCGAGUUUGGCUCUGGCUGGGGCGGACUUGCUAUAGAGGCAGCGCAAAGCUUCGGUUGCGAGGUCGACACCCUCACCUUGUCAAAGGAGCAAAAGGCCCUCGCGGAGGAGCGCAUUAGGGUGGCGGGCCUGGAGGACCGCAUUCGUGUCCAUUUGUUGGACUACCGCGACAUACCCGCCGAAUUCGAGAACGCGUUCGACGCGUUCGUCAGCAUCGAAAUGCUCGAGCAUGUCGGCCCCAAGUACUACCCCACCUACUUCAAGCUAGUGGAUUUUGCGCUUAAGCCACGGAAUGCGACUGCGGUGGUUACCUCCUCCACUUUCCCCGAGGGGCGAUACAGCGAUUACCAAGCGGUGGAUUUCAUGCGAAAGUAUAUGUGGCCCGGUGCGUGCCUCCCGAGCGCAACGGUGCUGGCGAAUGCCGCCCUCACCGCGGCACAAGGCCGCUUCACUCUUAACCGCGUCGAGAAUCACGCUGCACACUACCCGCGUACCCUCCGGACGUGGGGUCGCCGUCUGAAGGCCAACCUGCGCCAGGACGUCAUCGCAAUGGAACAUCCCGCGCUCAAGGAUGACGUGCAGUUUGCGAUCUUCAUGCGCAAGUGGGAGUACCAGUUCGCGUAUGCGGAGGCGGGCUUUUUAAAGGGCUACCUAGCGUGUCACAUGCUUACGUUCACCCGCACGGUAACUAGUCUGCUAGAAUACGCGUUGUCAAAAUGUACAUGA